AUGGGUGAGCUUUUGCUUGUGGAGCGGGAAUGGUUGGGGGACAAUAUCAGAGGAACAGAGAAAUUUGAUGUCUACAAGUUAAACAUUGCUGCCAAAACGUGGGAGAAGGUGGAAUGUUUGCGUGAUUGUGCUUUAUUUUUGGCCAAAAAUCAACCGGCAAUGUCAUUAUCCACGCAGAAAUUGCCAAGAUUGAAAGAAAACUCAAUUUAUUUCGCAGAAGAGUAUCACGAGUAUUCACAUGGUGGUGAUAUUAUUGAUAUUCAUGUUCGAGGAGUGUUCAACUUUGAAACUAAAGUUGUUAAGCAAUACUGUAUAACUGGAGCGCAUAACUUUAGUUAUUCACCAGCCGUUUGGAUUGUGCCUAGUCCUUGGUGA